AUGGAGACCUGGUUUUGGAUUCUUGGAUGGGUUCUUUCGCUUCUUGCCAUCACUGGAAAUGGAUUUACAAUCUUCCUCGUCUGCAGCAGACGAAAUCUCCGCACCAAAACCAACGCGUUUAUUGUUUCACUUGCAGUAGCGGAUUUCUGUGUUGAUUUGAGUGUUCUUCCUUCUCUGUUCGCAUGCGACAUUACAAACACCUGCGACAGGCCUCAACAUUUGCGAUCUUGGGUGAAUAUUUUAAGGUGGUUGUUUAGUAACACGUCUGUUGUAAACUUAUGCGGCUUAGUACUGGAUCGUUUUAUUGCCAUCGUAUAUCCUCUAAAAUACAUUACUUUGAUGACUCGCCGUCGAAUUACCCGAGCUAUUUUCCUCUCUUGGGUUCUAGCAGUUAGUUAUAAUGUGCUAGGAAGUACCCUUUGUGUUGUUUUAUAUCAAAACCAUACCUGUCCUUUUACAAUAUGGGUGACGACCAUAGUUUUUGAGAUUCUUCCAUGUGUUAUACUGAUACUAUGCUUUGUAUCAUUGAUAUUACACGUACGCAGACAUGAUCGGUCAGCACACACCUUAGCAAAACAGUUACGUUUUAACCAUCAGGUGUCUUUUAAAACCCAUCACGAGAAGUCUGCAGUAAUGAUGAUGGGUCUUGUGAUAGGAGUGUUUCUUGUUUGCUAUGGGAUGUAUCUGCGUUGUAGUUUUCUAAUACUAUUCCAGACUAGCACUACGAUAACCUCAUCGCCAUGCCAUGAUGAAAACUACAAAAUUCCUGUCUUGGUUUUAAACUCGGCCAUUAACCCGCUGGCUUAUGCCUUUUUUAAAAGAGACAUAAAGAAAGAGUUUAAAAGACUUGUUGGCGCUGUGUUUUAAAGACAAUACAUCAAUUUUAACUAAAGCCUACCACAGGACGCGUGACUCAAUUUUGGAGGGUGUAGGACUUAAAAGACGAUGAAAGGCUUGAGAAGAGACGGCCAGAUGGAUCUGUGACUCUUGACUGAGCGCGAAUUGGAAUUUGGAAAAAAAAAAAAAAGGCGUAUGAGGAGAGAAAAAAAAGAACCUUUGGACCCUUAGAGAAUGUAAAAUAUUAGGGAAGGAUUUAGGAUCAAGUUCACUCAGUAGUGGGAGGAGAAAGUUCUUAUCAGAUGGAACCUUUAAUAUCGCAUGGUGAGAGUAUAUUUCUAUGUUCACAUCCUACUAGCAGACACUUGGUUUCACCUUCUCCGUUUUGAUGCACUGUUAAAAAAGAACAUGUGAAUUAAGUAGUAGUUUACAUGUAUUUAUCUUCCAGAUGCAAAUUUAUUUAUUCCGAUCAAUUUAGCUUAGCCUGAAUGAAAUGUUUAAGAACGUUAGUACGAUCUGCAUCUACCAAACAGGUCUGAGUACUUUUAUUUCUCAUGAUGAGAAAGGCCAUCGUUUUCUUUAGCAAACAAGUUUCCAAGCUGUUUCUUUGCUUUGAGUUUAACUUUUUGUAGCAUCUGAAAUAUAAAAUAACUAGCAGGCUUUAAUUUAUCAAGGAGAAAGGAAAAAUGUAUUUUUUUUAUUACAGCUACGUGUAUGUAUAUGUAUGUAUAUUUUUUCUAUAGAUUCUUUAAAAUUUGUGAUAAAAGAACUGAGUGGGCAACCUAACCCCGCCGGGUGGGGGGAAGGGGUGUGGGGUACUACCAGAUGGGAUAUAUAAUGUGCCGCUUUAUAGGUAUGGUAUUCAAGCAGCUAAGUCUGGGAAUGGAUAUAGAAAUCAGAGAGCAGCUCUUGGAUAGGGAGGGAUUUGGGAAGUUUAGUUUAGUUUCAAGGAGUAGCAAAAUACAGCUGAACCAGAAGUAUAGGCUAGGUGUUCCAGUGUCCCAGCGGCACAUUACCACCCGAAAAUUUCUGAAGAACCCCCCCUGCCCCCGCCUCCGGCGGGCAACCCUAAAAGAGUGGACGAGAUGUCUACUGCUGGAAAGGUACAUUAAAAAGCGCUAACUGAUAAAAUCUUCGAAAUUAAGCGAUAAGAAAAAGACCACUUUUCUAUCUUUAACAACGUCUUAGAUUCCAAGAAUUUAUUAAAACAUUUUGUACUUAUUUUAUUAUCAAACACACAAAGAAACGUUAGGUGUUUAAUAUAUUAUCGUUCUGAUGCAAAUUUUUGUUACAGCACAGCGCAAGACAAAUUAUUACGACAUUAAUUAGCAAAUUAUUACAAAUAAAGACGAUUAAAAGAACAAAUAGAGUGUUUUCACUCACAUGGCCAGCAACUAUGAAAAUUUAUUGGAACAAAAGAGAGCAUUUACAGAGGAGAAGAGUUCAGUCAACUCCCACAGGAUUGCUUGGCACGCCAACAAGGCCGCGGUUUCACUGUUUUGGAACACCAAUAUGGCCGCCGUGACGUCAUGUAAAAACGCUCCAUAGUAACGAGUUUACAUGUGUCCCUGAUAUUUAUGCAAGAUGUUAGUUGUAUUGUACAGUUGAUAGGAACUUCCUUUAACUGUUAAGAUGGAGACCUGGUUUUGGAUUCUUGGCUGGGUUCUUUCAUUUCUGGCUAUCACUGGAAAUGGAUUUACAAUCUUCCUCGUUUGCAGCAGACGAAAUCUCCGCACCAAAACCAACGCGUUUAUUGUUUCACUUGCAGUAGCGGAUUUCUGUGUUGAUUUGAGUGUUCUUCCUUCUCUGUUCGCAUGCGACAUUACAAACACCUGCGACAGGCCUCAACAUUUGCGAUCUUGGGUGAAUAUUUUAAGGUGGUUGUUUAGUAACACGUCUGUUGUAAACUUAUGCGGCUUAGUACUGGAUCGUUUUAUUGCCAUCGUAUAUCCUCUAAAAUACAUUACUUUGAUGACUCGCCGUCGAAUUACCCGAGCUAUUUUCCUCUCUUGGGUUCUAGCAGUUAGUUAUAAUGUGCUAGGAAGUACCCUUUGUGUUGUUUUAUAUCAAAACCAUACCUGUCCUUUUACAAUAUGGGUGACGACCAUAGUUUUUGAGAUUCUUCCAUGUGUUAUACUGAUACUAUGCUUUGUAUCAUUGAUAUUACACGUACGCAGACAUGAUCGGUCAGCACACACCUUAGCAAAACAGUUACGUUUUAACCAUCAGGUGUCUUUUAAAACCCAUCACGAGAAGUCUGCAGUAAUGAUGAUGGGUCUUGUGAUAGGAGUGUUUCUUGUUUGCUAUGGGAUGUAUCUGCGUUGUAGUUUUCUAAUACUAUUCCAGACUAGCACUACGAUAACCUCAUCGCCAUGCCAUGAUGAAAACUACAAAAUUCCUGUCUUGGUUUUAAACUCGGCCAUUAACCCGCUGGCUUAUGCCUUUUUAAAAAGAGACAUAAAGAAAGAGUUUAGAAGACUAAUCGGUCAGGUGGUUUUUAAGAAAAGUAACAAAGUAGAGCCUUCCACUUAUCGUUAG